AUGCAAAUAAGCAAACUCUUCAACACUGUUAGUCAACCUAUGGGAACUGCACACUGUUAUAUCUUCUUAGAAAAGGGCUUAAAAGUUGGCGAUGGAUCCAACAUUGUUGUCGCUCCUCAUAAGCUAGCUGAUUUCACCGAAAUGUUGGAGGUCGAAGGAAUUAAAGCUGAAAUCCUCGACACGAAUCUGCAACGUUCAAUUGAUCAGGAAAAAUAUCGAAUGAAAUCGAAAGGUGCCAAGAGAAUUUUCGACUGGAGCGAAUAUCACGAAUUGGAAGAAAUUCAUAGUUGGUUAGAUAAGUUGGCUCUAAAUUAUGAACAAGUUGAAGUAGUUGAAGGAGGACAUUCAUAUGAGAAUCGUACAAUCAAAGGAGUCAAAGUAUCCUAUAAAAGUGGCAAUCCAGGCAUCUUUCUGGAAGGAGGAAUACACGCUCGUGAAUGGAUCUCCCCGGCAACAGUGACAUAUAUUCUGAAUGAACUACUUACCAGUCAAGAUCCCAAAGUUAGAAAUAUUUCCGAGAAUUACGAUUGGUACAUCUUCCCGAACGUUAACCCAGAUGGUUAUGUAUAUACUCACAAAAAGAACCGUUUGUGGCGUAAAACUCGAACUCCAUAUUCGGGAGCGUGUUUCGGAGCUGACGCUAACCGGAAUUGGGAUUUCCACUGGGCCGAGCAAGGGACCAGUGAUCGUUGCAACACAGAAACCUUUGGAGGUCCGCAUGCAUUUUCGGAAGUGGAAACAAAGAGUUUAUCGCAGUACAUUGAAUCUUUGAAAGGAAAAAUACAGGCAUAUAUUGCCUUCCAUUCAUACUCCCAGGUUCUUCUGUACCCUUACGGACAUACUAUUGAACAUACCCCAAAUCACGACGAUUUGACUGACAUCGCAAAUGCAACUGUCACAGCACUGGCGAAACGAUAUGGAACCAUAUAUUACUAUGGAAAUAUAUACGAUAUUAUGUAUCCAACGAGUGGAGCGAGUAUUGAAUGGGUUUAUGAGUCUCUGGGAGUAAAGAUAGCAUACGUUUAUGAACUGCGCCCAAGCCCAAGUCCGUGGAACUCGGGUUUUAUUCUACCGCCAGAAGAGAUUGUCCCGACUGGAGAGGAGACACUUGACUCGCUCGUUACGCUGGUGGAAGAGUCGGCCAAGAGGAAAUACUUUGAGCUUUAGUAUAUUUUUCACUAUAAACCACAUUUGUUAAAUCAGAGGAUAAGAUUAUUAUAAAAUAAAUAUUAAAAGACCACUUGAAAUAAAGUUGUAAUCAUGUUGACACCUCA